AUGAUGCUGUGCCUGUGGGGCAGAGGAGGGCUUGGUGCUGGUGCAUGUGCUUCGGGCUGGCCUUCAUGCUGGCCGGUGUGAUCCUCGGUGGUGCCUACCUGUACAAAUAUUUUGCCUUCCAGCAGGGUGGUGUAUACUUCUGCGGAAUAAAAUACAUCGAAGAUGGCUUAAAUUUACCCGAGUCCGGGGCGGAGGCUCAGAGUGCUCGCUACCACACAAUUGAGCAGAAUAUCCAGAUACUGGAGGAGGAAGACGUUGAGUUUAUCAGUGUGCCAGUCCCCGAAUUUGCUGAUAGUGAUCCUGCCGAUAUCGUCCACGACUUCCACCGGAGACUCACUGCCUAUCUUGACCUUAGCCUGGAUAAGUGCUAUGUGAUUCCUCUGAACACCUCAGUUGUUAUGCCACCAAAAAAUUUCUUGGAAUUGCUCAUCAACAUCAAGGCUGGAACAUAUUUGCCUCAGUCCUAUCUGAUUCAUGAACAAAUGAUUGUUACUGAUCGCAUUGAAAAUGUGGAUCAGCUGGGAUUCUUUAUCUACCGCCUCUGCCGCGGCAAGGAAACCUAUAAACUACAGCGCAAAGAAGCCAUGAAAGGAAUUCAGAAGCGUGAAGCUAUCAACUGCCGAAAGAUUCGACACUUUGAGAACAGGUUUGCUAUGGAAACUCUCAUCUGUGAACAGUAAUGAGGAAUAUUACUGUUACAGGAGACUAAAACCCUACAGUAUGACCCGACCCUUUGUAUUGUGUGCAGUGAUUAUUUUUUUAAAUCUUCUUUUAUGUAAGUAGUGGACAGGGCUUUAUUGCUGAACACCUUUCAUACUUUUCAUCUCAUGAUACAUGUAAAAUCAGUAUGUUUUAGUUUUUCCUUAUUUUCAGGUGUGGUGUUCUUAUAUUUGAAUAGCAGUUGUAUAAAGACUUAGUUGCUAGUGCAUUUCAUGUGAUGAAUCUUAAGGAAUAGGUAAAGUCUUUGAAACAUCCACCAGUUUUUAAUUAAGUAAAAUUGAAAAGAAUUAUUAAUGUACAAAUGGACUGCAAGAGCUACUUCUAACUGUAUAAUUACCUGCUAUAUAGUUUGUUACAGCAUAUAGGCAAACUUGUAUUUGACUCUCCCUAACAAAGUGCAAUUUGUUUCAUUUUUAAAACAUUGUCAUAUUUACCUUUCUAGAUUGAUUUCUGACUCGAUGUUUUAAAAUGGCAAGUGGUUGCUGUAACAAUCUUUUAGAAAAUUAAGAAGUAACUUAUGUUACUAACUUGUAUAUAAUCCAUGUAUGUGCAAUGGAAAAUAAAUCUUAUAAACCCGUUUGUCUAAAA